AUGUUUAUAAGAAAUGACCAAGAAAUUGAAGAAAUCCAAAAUCAUUUUAAUGAAAUAAAUGAUAGGAUUUCUCAACAAGAAAAUGCGAUUAUAAUUAUCGGUAACACAGGUGAAGGAAAAAGUACAUUAUUGGGCUAUUUAACAGGAAUUCCUCUGUUUAGUAAUGAAGAUGAAUUUGGUGACUAUAUUAUUUCUGCUGAUAAUUCAAGUGGUAUAAAUAUCAACGAUAGACCUAUUUCACAGACCUCUUUACCAAUUUGUCGAGAAAUAUACUGGGAUUGCCCUGAAUAUCGUGAACGCUUAUUCAAUUUAUAA